AUGGGAAACCCAAAUGUAUGUGUGCCAACUAAGCUGCAUGAUGCUCUAUCUAACACCAAAUGGAUGGAUGUCAUGAAUAUGGAAAUGGAUUCCUUUAACAAGAAUAAGACAUGGGAUUUAGUUCCUUUUCCACGAGGGAAGAAAGCAAUUGGAUGCAUAUGGGUGUUUACUUUGAAACAUAAGGCUAAUGAUUCUAUUGAUUGUUACAAGGCUAGAUUUGUAGCAAAUUGGUAUACUCAGACCUAUGGAGUGGAUUAUUUGGAGAUCUUUGCUCUAAUGGCAAAACUUAAUACUGUGUGUGUGCUUUUAUCCAUUGAUGCUAACUGCGAUUGGCUCUUAUUGCAAUUUGAUGUCAAAAAUAUGUUUCUACAUGGUGACCUCAAGCAGGAUAUUUACAUGGAUCUCCCUCCUGGUAUUCCUGUGACCUCUAAUAAGGGUAUUGUAUGUAAGUUGCUGAAGUCUUGGUAUAGAUUGAAGCAGUCUCCAAGAGCAUGGUUUGGAAGAUUUGCUACAUCUAUAAAGAAAUUUGGGUAUGUGCAAAGUAACUUAGACCACACUUUAUUUCUAAAGCAUCAUAAAGGUAAAUUGAUGGCUUUAAUUAUUUAUGUUGACGAUAUAAUUGUGGCUGGAGAUAAUAAGGCAGAAAUGCAAAGUCUUCACAAGUAUCUGGCUUCCAAGUUUGAGAUGAAAUCAUUGGGUGAUUAA